CUCCAUAGUCCAGACUCCAGACUAUUGAAGAAGCACAAGGCGGCAGCAGUUCGUUUGAUUUGAUGGGGACCAGGUCUCAGCAACCGAACCCAGCUGACGACGAUGACGACAUCCCCGGCGGUCAGUCCGUCUCCAUGAGCGGCAGCAUGGGCUCCCCCUCCAGCCGUAGCGAGCAGACCGCCACCCCCGCCGGCGACACUUCUCUCCGAUUGAAUCAUCCCGACGUUAACGCUGACGAUGCUGCCACCGCUGGAAAGAAGAAGAAGAGAGGCCAACGGGCUGCAGGAGGCGAUAAGAAUGGAAGAGGACUGCGCCAAUUUAGCAUGAAAGUUUGCGAGAAAGUGGAGAGCAAGGGAAGAACCACUUAUAAUGAGGUUGCAGAUGAACUUGUGGCAGAGUUUUCAGACCCUAUCAAUGGUGUUGCAUCCCCUGAUCAGGAAUUGGUUUCACAGCAACAAUACGAUGAGAAGAACAUCAGGCGAAGGGUAUAUGAUGCCCUAAAUGUUCUAAUGGCAAUGGAUAUUAUAUCAAAGGAUAAAAAGGAGAUACAAUGGAAAGGUCUGCCUCGUACUAGCUUGAAUGAUAUUGAAGAACUGAAGACAGAGCGCUUAGGACUAAGGAGUAGGAUUGAAAAGAAAGCUGUCUAUCUGCAAGAACUAGAGGAACAGUAUGUAGGUCUUCAGAACCUGAUACAACGAAAUGAACAAUUAUACUGCUCUGGAGAUGCUCCCAGUGGGGGUGUGUCUUUACCUUUCAUUCUUGUGCAGACUCGCCCUCAUGCAACUGUUGAGGUGGAAAUUUCAGAGGAUAUGCAACUGGUGCAUUUUGACUUCAAUAGCACUCCGUUUGAGCUCCAUGAUGAUAACUAUGUGUUAAAGGCAAUGAAAUUCUGUGAGAAGCCGCAGGCUGAUGGUAAUCAUGGUAUGACACAAAACUACGUUGCAGAUGGAGGUGAAGGGUCUAGUAUGUCAGCCAUGUAUCAACAGCAGAUCCCUCCUCAGAUCCCUCUUCCUCCAAUGGUGCACACACCUGUCAGGACUCCGACCUCACCACCUCUUCCGGGAAUAAUAAAAGCCCGUGUGAAGCAUGAGCAUUGAUUAGCAACUGCAAGCAGGCCGGGCGAUGAUAUUAGCUUAUGUAAAUUGUGGAGAGUAAUUUGCAGGAAACGAAUAGUUCCAGGUCCUUCUGUGAUCUCAUUAGAUUCGCGUAGUUUAGGUUACAGCAGAUGAGUUAUCGGGGAGGGUUUGGCUCUGGCUUUCUCGGCUUUUGACUGCCCCUUGUGCAGCCAUUGUAAUUUGUUUCCUCCAAUUCUUUUAAUGUAUGCUGUUAUUACGCGCAGCUUUGUACGAGAUAUCAAAGUUUGCAUAUGUAGUAGUCAGUAGAGGAUUGUCCAACUACAAAUAGAAUCAAAUAACCAAUUUGACA